GUUCAUGUGCUUCGCAGCCCUCGCACUCACUGGCAAUAGCAUGAUAUAUGGCAUGGGCUUGCGAACAUCAAACAGCACAUUGGUGUACUGCCUACUGAUCACUGCAUCUAGCCCUAGGAUCACUUGUUACAUGCAAAAAGUUUUGUAGUGUGCUGGCCGUGUGUUUGAUUUCAUAUUAUUCUGGAUGACACUGUUUUAGAUAAAUUGCUAACUGAAGUAAUCUGGGAGCAUAUAGUAAGCAUGUUGACAGUGCUACCAUGUACUUGGUCUGUUGUGGCCAGUGUGUUGCAAUUCAAAUAAUAUCCAAGCUCUGGGACAAGGUGUUUUUGGUGUCAUUUAUGUUAUAUCUAGUGCCUUUUCAUCAUGCCUAUGUUUUUCUUUGUCAUUCUUGAAAUGUUUGCCGCAGCGUUAGUGCUUGAAAGGUAACGAGGCUGUAUUUAAUCAUAUUUUUUGGCUACACAUUAUUUGCACCUGGUAGACAUCAGAAAUUGUGAUUCACUCUAGAAAAAGAAAAGGUUUACAGCUAGUUAUCUUGGUAAAAACUUUACCGUAAAUGUCGUCAUUACAGUAUUGAAGGCAGUCGUGGGCUUAAUGCGCAUUUACUUAGUCUGAGUCCUGUCAUGUUGCGAGAUUUUCAAGAACAUGUCUCUAAUUUCUUUGUUUCUAACAUUAUGCGGAAAAAAAGAAAGCCUAAUAUAGUAUAGGCAAUCAAAUGGUACCUACACUCAUAAAAGAUUUUCCAGUAGUAUCUGUAUUCUUGUUGCUACAUCACUUUGAUUGCCAGUGCACAGCGCAAUUUUGAUUUCAGUUCAGUGUUUUUCGUGUAAUUUUAAAUUAUUUUGUGUAUUAAUAUUACAUUGUAAGUUAGCAUACUGAACGGAGUGAGCUAUGCAAGAAAUAUAGUAACCAUUAGCUUUGAGUGUUAAAAUCAACUUCUGUUUGUACCCUUUCCUUUGCUUAUUGGUGUUCUGUAACAUUGCAGUGUUGACUGGAGAGCACAGCCUCGGAUUCCUGCCCACACUAAAUCAAGAGGUCAUCAUUCUCAAAUAUGGUUCCCGGCAGUCUCCCAUGGCAUCACCCAAAUGUGAUGUUCCUCUCUCUGAAGAUUUGUACAUCUGUUUGCACCACGACGAUGACGACCCAUUGGCUGAAUUGCUCGCCCCUGACGUAGGUGCUGUCGAAGAGUGUAGUGCAGACGGUGAUACAGCAGCUUUGAAAGCCUCCGCAGCUCUGUGCCUGGAUGCCGUGGAUUCUGGAGGUGGCAACCAUUGCGGAACUCUUGAAGCAAUGGUCCACUCUACCAAGGGCAGCGUCAGUGCUGAAUCGGGCACCGAGCUGUACAGGAAAGCAGCAAGUGCUUUGAAGGAGCGUGUCUACUCAGUUGGGAACGACAUCUUGCUAGAGAGGCAAGCAAAGUAUGCAUGUCACCUUUGCCCAUAUAUGACCAAGAGCAAAAGCAGCAUGAUCGCUCACAGGCGUCAGCACAAAGGCAUCAAAAAUCACAAGUGCACCGUCUGCGACCGCAGCUUCCAGCAGCGUUCAACAUUGCUGUACCACUUGCGCACGCACACAGGAGAGCGUCCGUACUCCUGCAGUAUGUGCUCAGGCACCUUUGCCUGCAAGAGCACCCUGACAGGUCACGAGCGCACACAUACGGGCGAGCGGCCGUACCGCUGCGACAUGUGCGACCAAGCCUUUGCAGGGCUAUCUUCACUGAGGUGCCACAAGCGCAAACAUGCGGGUGGGGGGGACCCGUACGUGUGUCCCAUGUGUCCAGCGACAUUUGUAAAGCAAGGCAUGCUGAACGACCACAUAAGUCGCCAACACGCAGCCUCUGAGUACCUGCCCGGUUUGAUGUCUCUUAAUUUCGCAGUGCCUGCCAAAUGCCGUCGUCGCUGGCGCAGAGUGACACCGCAGCAGUCUUUCGAGACGUCGGCCAAUUGCCGCUUCGUUUCAUCUGGCAACGUCUGUCUCUUCUCCAAGCCCGGAAAACGAAAAACGACCAUAUCAAAAACUGCACCUGUAGGCUGCACUGUUGAAGGCGUUACAGGGAAAGAGCAAACCUAUGUACUGGUUGCUGAUGCUGCACACCAGGGUACAGUGGCCAGCUCGGUGACUGGUGCCGAGUCAACCAUAGCUUUGACUCAUUUCGGCAAGUACAACAUUGCUGGGGCUGUGGGAUCAGAACAAGUUUAUGUUCUAGCCAAUGACUUUUCACCGUCGGAUCUGGUGACUGGUUCAGUAACAAGUGCCGAGUUAACCACAGCUUCGAACGACUUUGCCGAAUACAACAUAGCUGGUGCUAUGGGAGAAGCACAAACUUAUGUUCUAGUUCCUGACGCAGCACCCAAGGCUGCAGUGACAGGUUUAGCGACUGAUGCCGAAUCAAUGACAGCUGCGACUGUCGGCGCUAAAGGCGCAGAGCAGGCAUACAUACUAGUAGCUGAAUCUUCGCCCCAUAAGUCAUCCGCUGGCUUAGCAACCAGCGCUGAGUCAACCACAUCUUCAUCUUCGGCUGUGUUUGCCCAGUGGAAUGAGGGCAGCACUACUGGAGCAGAGCAAACCUAUGUACUAGUAGCGGAGCCCACACCUCGGAGUGUGUUGUCUGGUGUACAAGCAACAGCAAGCUCGCCGACCGUUGGUAAGUCUAGCUUGGUCAAUGCUACGAGUCUAGAGCAAGCCAAUGUCCAUGAAUCUGUGCCAGGUUUUGAAGCAGCUGGCUCGGUGACAAGUGCAGAAUCAGCGGCAUCCUCGAUGGCCGGUUUUGACGCAUUUGAUGCUACAGAAGUCGAUGAAGCGCUUGCAGCAUUCGUUAAGCGCGAGUCUGAACAUUCCGAAGCCGCUCCAGGGACUAGUGGCACGUCGUCGGGGGCUGCCGAGGCGCUGCGCGCAGACAGUGCCGACCGAGUAGCGGUGUCGCGCCUUGAGCCCGUCGACAUGACCGAGGAGCACUCGUACAGUUGCCGGACUGGCAUCUUCGCCGUCAAGCAGCCGGUCUACGUCUGCCCGUUGUGCCCGUUCAAGACACAGCACCGGAGCGCCUUCAGGCCACACCAGCUGCUGCACACGGGUGAAAAGCCGUACAAGUGCGAGCUGUGCGGCCGCGGCUUCCGCCGGCACUUCAGCCUGGAGACACACAUGCGCACGCAUACGGGCGAACGCCCGUACCAUUGCAAAGUGUGUGACCGCAGUUUCUCCGCGAACAGCUCCUAUCGGAUCCACAUGCGCGUGCACACCGGCGAGCGACCGUAUCCCUGCAUGAUGUGCGACAAGGCGUUUCUCUCGAGCUCUGCGCUCAAUCGCCAUACAUCGGUACACAGCGGAAAGAAGCUAUUCAAGUAUGAAGGCUGUGGCAAGGCGUUUCCCCAUGCGGUCUUGUUGAUGAGCCACAAGCUCCGCUACUGCCACCCUCAGUUGGCCGGCGGGUCACCUUCCAGUUCUGGCGAGAACGACCGCCACGCCGGUGAGAAACCAUUGGUUGAAUGUUCAGACGCUGCCAACGUUGGCGAAAGGCCGUUUCUAGGCCAUGCCCAAGGCCCGGAAGGUUCGAGCAGGGAUGACGGCAUUAUGUAACAAUCUUCAAGCGAAUUUCAAAGAGUAGCAUGUACUAAGCACACAGACAGGUUCGGAGCAAGCAUUUUGACACUGGCGAGUGUGUACACCUUGAUUCACCAUGUCUUUGAUUUGAUGUUUCAUGUGUAUUGCUGCAGCCUAUUUCUAUUUCGUAUGUAAUAAACGUUGGAGCAUAAAACGG